AUGAAUAACCUUACAACUGUUUUACCCGAGUAUUUAAUAGAAACACAAAGAUCGUACACUAUUAACCGCUUCUUUUCCUUUAUUUUAUUUUUAUUUACUUUCCGCUUACCAAUUUUCCCAAUAUAUCUAAUUAUUCAUUGGAAAUUAAUAUUAACAGUCAUAUCGACAUGUUUUGUUAUCCCCUUUUCUCUCUAUAUUGUAUACACUUUUUUGAAAAGUAAAAUACUUUCACAAUACAAAAAUUUGAACGAAUCAAAUUUAAUAAAUGACGAUACUAUAAACAAAAAUAAGAAAAACCAAAUAUCUAACAAUAACGACUAUUUUAUCAAUGACAGAUUUAACGACAACACCAAAAGACAGGAAAAAACUGAAAAUGGAUCCAAUACUCAUCAAUCAAUCUGGGAACAAAUCAUUUCAGCUAUUAGAAUCUUCGGUUAUCUAGAUAAUCAUGUUGUAAAAGAAUUGAUUAAUAACCUCUACACAAGGAAAAUUGAUACAGGGGAUAUGAUUGUGCUUAAUGACAACCUUGGGUUAAUUGUAGUGCUCGAUGGGUCUUUUCAAGUUUAUCAUAAUGUUUCUUCCACAUUUUCCACAAACAAAUCCUUUCCUUCUUCAUCUCCAACUAACAGCGAAAUUUUAAGUCCAACUGGAUUAAAUGAAAACUUUAGUGCUUUUUCAGUUGAUGAAAACAUCACCUUCGAAGAAGAAGAGUAUGAUCCAUUGAAUUCAGACUAUAUUUGGCUAAACAAUGGUUUGGGAAAAUUUCAAUUAUUAAAUAUUAUUAAAAGAGGAAAUCCCCUCUCUUCAUUAAUAGACAUCUUAAAGUUAUUUACUUCAAAUGUUAACCCUAUAAUAGAAUCACAACCAACUUUAAUUGCGCGUGCUUCAGUAGAAUCUACUAUUGCAGUGAUUCCUUCUCAUGCUUUUAAAAGAUUAUUAUCGAAGUAUCCAAAGGAUGCAUCUCAUUUGAUUCAAACAAUAUUAAAUAGACUGUAUCAUGUCAAUUUCCAAAUUACUAACUCUUAUUUGGGUCUGACCAAUGAACUAUUUCAAAUUGAAAAGUCUUUAAAUAAUAAAAACAAUAAACAAUUACCUUCUUAUUUGCUAAAAAAUGUUAUACAAGGUUUUAACCCGUCCUCACAACGUCAAAACUCUGUUCCUUUAUCCUUGAAUCAAUCCACUGACUCCUUUGACUUCAAUCAUAAAAUUCUUAAUGAUCAGGAUAUUGAAACUGUCGACUGUAAUCAAACGACACAAAAUAAUACACUUCUUCAUAGUUCUAAUUCUAAUUCUAAUUCUACUUUUAAUACAAUCAAGGAUGAUUCAAAUGAUAUUGAUGAUUCAGUAUUAAAAAUGGCUCUUGUUGAUAUAAUUUUUAAUUUUUGGGGUAUCACGAAGGAAAACUUCCUGUUAUCUAAUUAUUCUUACAACAGUAACCCGUCUUCAAGAUCAUCUUCUGUUAUAGGCUUUCCACCAACAGAUCUGAAUAUUAUACCAAGUGUUGCUGCCGUUAUUAAAAAGAACAGAUAUCCGCGCUCCUCUCUUCUAUCAACUUCUUUUGAUACAACAACAAGUCCCUUAGAACCAACUUUAAGGGCUUCUUCAUCUUCAUUAUCCUUGUCUUCACAUAAAAGUAAACACCCAAGAAAUGUCACUAUACAAAAAAGUUUGGACUAUUAUUCUGCAAGGAAUGAUUUCGCACAAUGUUUAGAUAUAAAAUUUUACCCAAGUGGGACAACAAUUGUAAAACAAAAUUCAGAUAGCCAAGGCCUUUUUUAUCUGAUAUCAGGUAAAGUAGACGUUACCGUUUAUUCUACAACGUCUCCACAAUCUACACAUGAAAAUAAAAUCAAUAAUUUAGAAGCUGAAGAGAUAUUAACUGAACACCUGAUCUACACGGUGGAGUCUGGUGGUGUGGCAGGCUACUUAUCAUCCUUAGUUGGAUAUAGAUCUUUUGUGAACUUAUUUGCUCAGACAGAUUGCUAUGUUGCGGUUAUUUCUAAUGAUAUGUUAGAAAUUCUAUAUGAUAAAUACUAUUCCAUAAAUCUACGAAUUGUGGAAUCCUUAAUUAACAAUUUGUCUGUUAAGAUGUGGAAAUUAGAUCAUGCUCUGGAAUGGAUACAUAUAAAUGCUUCAGAUACCUUAUUCAGACAAGGUGAUCGUGCAAAUGGAAUAUAUGUUAUUUUAAAUGGUAGAUUAAGACAAUAUCAAAGUACUGUAAAAAAUGAAAGUUUCCAACUUGGUCAAAAAAGUAUUACAAAAAUUGUUGGUGAGUUGGCUCAGGGAGAAAGCUUUGGAGAAGUUGAAGUUUUAACUGCUAUGAAUAGGUCUUCUACUAUUAUGGCUGUGAGAGAUUCAGAAUUAGCCAGAUUAUCAAGAUCACUUUUUGAAUUGCUAGCGACAGAACAUCCAUCCAUAUUGAUUAGAGUAUCGAGAAUGAUUGUUAAAAAAUUAUUAGAUAUCAACCAACAUAAUGUAACUAAUAUUGGAAUGUCUUCUUCCGUAUCUUCAAUUGCUACUAUGACAUCAUCAUCAAUAAAAUCCUUAAUAGAUAUGGGACAUAAGAACGAUUUUCCCUUAAGUUCCUCAUUGGAAAAUAACAUAUUUCAUCACCACCAUCAUAAUUCUAAUUUUUUGGGUUCUCCUUUAUCUUCUCAAUUAUAUCCAAGAAAUAUCACUUAUAGAACUAUUACUAUUUUGCCAAUUACAAAUGGACUACCUGUUGAAUCAUUUGCUAUGAAACUAAUUCAUGCUUUCAAACAGGUUGGGAAAAAAACUAUUGGCUUAACUCAAAGAACUACACUUCUUCAUUUAGGUAGACACGCUUUUGAUAAAUUAUUUAAACUGAAGCAAAGUGGUUACUUCAGUGAUUUAGAACAUACUUAUAAUCUUGUAGUAUAUAUUGCAGAUACAGCUGUAAAUUCUUCAUGGACAAAAACUUGUAUUGAUCAAGGGGAUUGUAUCCUUUUAUUGGCAGACGCUAAAUCAAGUUGUCAAAUAGGUGAAUAUGAGAGGUUGCUACUAAGAUCGAAAACUUCAGCAAGAACUGAAUUAAUUCUUUUACAUGGAGAAAGAUAUGUAGAACCUGGAUUAACACGUAAAUGGUUAUCUAAUAGGCCAUGGGUUGAUUCCCAUCACCAUAUUCAAUUUGACACAGACUUGUUGGCAAAAAACACCAUAAGAAAUGAUAGAUGGUUGAAUACAAAAGGUAUAUCUUUAUUGGAUAAAAUCACUCAAACAGAACUGGGUAGAAGAGCAUACAAUAUUUCUAAACUACUGCCUGACUCAAUCAAAAAUACUGUAGGCAUUUUUACAUCAAGGCUAAUGAGAGCAAAAAAACAUUCUUAUAGUCCAAUUCAUUUUCAUAAAAAUGAUUUUAUAAGGUUAGCAAGACUUUUGUCUGGUCAAGCAAUUGGUUUAGUUUUAGGUGGUGGUGGUGCAAGAGGAAUUAGUCAUUUAGGUAUAUUGCAGGCAUUAGAAGAACAAGGAAUACCAAUCGACAUCAUUGGAGGAACAUCUAUUGGCUCAUUCAUAGGAGGUAUCUAUGCAAAAGAUUAUGAUGUCGUCCCAAUCUAUGGUCGUAUUAAGAAAUUUGCUGGUCGAGUUUCCUCUUUGUGGAGAAUGCUGUCGGAUUUAACAUGGCCUGUGACAUCAUACACUACAGGUCAUGAAUUCAAUCGUGGAAUAUGGAAAACUUUUGGAGAUACAAGAAUAGAAGAUUUCUGGAUUCAAUAUUAUUGUAAUUCUACAAACAUUACGGAAUCAGUUCAAGAAAUUCAUUCCUCCGGUUAUGCUUGGAGAUAUAUUAGAGCCUCCAUGAGUUUGGCUGGUUUGCUUCCACCUUUAGAAGACAAUGGUUCUAUGUUAUUAGAUGGUGGAUAUGUAGAUAACCUACCUGUUGAUGAGAUGAAGGCCCGUGGCUGUAAAAUAAUUUUUGCUAUUGAUGUUGGAUCUGUAGAUGAUAAAACACCAAUGAAUUAUGGUGAUUCAUUGAAUGGGUUUUGGAUUAUUUUUAACAGGUGGAAUCCAUUUUCGUCACAUCCUAAUAUUCCAAACAUGGCCGAAAUUCAAAUGAGACUAGGUUAUGUAGCCUCAGUAAAUGCUUUGGAAAAGGCAAAGCACACACCAGGUGUAAUAUACAUACGACCACCAAUUGAUGAGUACAACACUUUGGAUUUUGCAAAAUUUGAAGAAAUUUAUCAAGUAGGUGUUAAUUAUGGAAGGGAAUUUUUUCAACAAUUAGUCGAGAAUAAUAAUAUGCCAUAUAUUCCAGGUUCUAUAGAGACAACAGCAGGUGUUAUAGAUCCUGUAUCCUUAUUGUACAGACGUAAUAGUAUGUGA